GCUACUUUCACAUUCUUUUUCAAGACCAAGUACGCGAACGACAUUAUUUCCAUUUCACAGUACAAUGGUCACGCAGAGCAACGCUGAUGGAGACCAUCUAGUGCCAGCUGCGCUAGUAUCCAAUUCAUUCCUCGACGAAUUAACUGCUGGUCAUAGAGCUCGUCCCAUCCCUUGGGAGGGUUACCAACGCGCCUCACUUAUUACCCAAGUAGAGCUCAAUUAUAUCAAGGCAAUUGAAAAAAAAAGUGGUGAAGAUCUUUCUCGAGUUGUGGACAAGGAAGGAAACGUCUAUGGAGAGUUAUUGAUCAACCUGCUUCAAAAAUUGGUUCGCGUUGACACGAUUCAAUCGAUUCUGGUCUUGAUUGACGACCUUUUACUUGAUCAUGAUGAGCGCGCCGACUACUUUUUGCAACUGAACCAAGCAGACGCUUCACUGCCCUUUGCACCACUUUUAAAAUGUCUUCGAAGUGAAGAUGAAUUUGUGCCUUUGAAGGCAGGCAAGAUCUUGACGACAUUACUCUGCGCAUCCUCCUCUAAACCCAACAUUCAGGUUGCAGAGGAAUUGUUUCGAUGGACCACUGUUCAAUUACAGAGCAAAAACCCGGGUGUGGUAGAUUUAGCGGUUCAGAUCUUGGAAUCCGUUUUACAAAAACAACAUGUUCGGAUUGUAUAUUGGAAUACACCUCAAGCUGUGGAUGCAUUGAUCAAGAUUCUGAGGGUUGAAACACCUACGCCUCAGAUGCAAUAUCAAGUGAUUUAUGUCUUCUGGAUCUUGACUUAUAAUGAGGAGAUCGCUCAGGAACUUAACAGAAAAUAUGAUCUGAUUCCACAAUUGGUGGAUAUAGCCAAAUCAGCCAUCAAGGAAAAGGUUGUUCGUGUUGUUAUCGCUACUCUUAGGAACCUGGCCGAGAAGGCACCAGAUGCAAACCUUGCAGCUAUGGCUGCAGUCAAAUUAUUGCCAUUUUGCGAGAAUUUGUCGGGACGCAAAUGGUCUGAUGGUGAUAUCUUGGAUGACAUCAACUAUCUCAAAGAAGAACUUGAGACUAAUUUCCAAACACUAACUACAUUCGAAGUCUAUCAGGCUGAGUUGCAGUCAGGAAGAUUGACGUGGUCGCCACCUCAUCUAUCAGAACAAUUUUGGAUCAAGAAUUGGAAAGAGUUUAAGAAUGACAACUAUGCUCUUCUUCGGGUUUUGGCUCGUCUUUUGAGCGUAUCAAAUGAACCAAUUGUUCUUUCCGUCGCGGCUAGUGACAUUGGACACUACGUCAAACGUGAUCCAGGAAGUAAAAAAUUCUUGCAAGAUAUUGGAGUUAAGCAAAGGAUCAUGGAGCUGAUGUCACACCCUGAUCAGGAAGUGCGAUACAAUAGUGUCAACACGAGUUGGUCCUUGAUCGGAGGAAGUGCUUAGAAACUUAGAAAUGUCCUCUUCACUGAAAUAGACAAUAAAAGAUAUCGUGCAUUGAUCAUGG